GACCGGGACCAGAGCCGCCCAGCCCCGGCCGAGGAGCCGCCGGCCGGGCCCUCCCUACAGGACGCGGCGGCGAUGCUGUGACCUACAUUCGCGACAAGGAGGUCCCCAGCCCGCCGCCACCGCCGCCGGGCCAUGAAGCGACACAAGUGAGGGGCCAUGGCCAGCCCGGCACCAUGGCUGCGCUGGACGCAAACAGAGCUGACGCGCUGGCACGGCAAGGAGCAGGAGGAGGAGGAGGAGGAGGAAGACGACUUUGAAAGGCGGAUGGACGAGGAUGGGGUCAUCGGCCUGGGGGAGGGCGCCAGGAGCCCCCCGUGGGGUGGCAGCGAGGGGCUGCAGGAGGGGUCCCCGGCACAGGAGGGGCGAUGGCAGCCGCGGCAGGAGCCGGCCGAGGAGGAGGAGGAGCGGGGCAGCUCCGGGGGGGACGAGGGGCCCUGGGGGGCGGAGAGCGAUGGGGACCCCUACCCCGAGCUGGACCGCCGGGCUCUGUGCCAGCCGCGGGGCUGCAGCACGGACGGCGGGGACACCUCAGGGCUCUCGGACACCAGCCCUGGCCCCGGCACCCCGUCCCGCCAGCUCCGGGGCUGGGGCACGGCCGCGGACACCCUCGGGGGGCACAGGCAGGAGUGGAGCCCCAGACGGAGCCUCCCCCUGCAGCUCUCCCCCGAUGGCCCCGAGCGUGUCCCCGAGCCCCAGAGAGCUGGCACAGGGAUGGCACCUGCUGGCGUGUCACCCACCGGCCAGCCCCACGGCACCGGGAAUGCCCCGGCACCCCAAGGGCACUGCAGAUCCCGAGUGCCCAAGAAAGCAGCGCCCGCCGCGGUGCCCCCCAAGGCCGCCCGGCAGUCGCGGUCCCUGAGCCCCCGGAGGCGAACGGGUGCCAAGGGGACAAAGGAUCCCUCGGGAACGGGCACCGAGGGCACCCAGUACGGCCGAGGGCGCCUCAACCACCCCCUGCCCGACCUGUCCAAGGUGGAGGCGCGGGUGAAGUUCGACCAGAGCUACCGCCCGCCCCGGGGCCGGGUGCUGCCCGCCCGCCCCCGCGGCCCCGUCGGCUUCAAAUCCCCGGCCGAGAUCGUCCGGGAGGUGCUGCUGAGCAGCGGGGAGGGGGCGUCCCCGCAGCCCCCCAGCACGGCCGGGCUGCCGCAGGAGUUCAGGUCCCCCAGACAAGCUACGGCGCUGGUGCAGCAGCUCCAGGACGACUACCACAAGCUGCUGACCAAGUACGCCGAGGCUGAGAACACCAUCGACCAGCUGCGCCUGGGCGCCAGGGUGAGCCUGUUCUCCGACCCGCCGCAGCCCAGCCGCAGCCUCGCCGUGGGCACCGUGAGCACGGGGAGCCGAGUGAUGACCCUGAGCAUCCCGCAGGCACGGACAGCAGCUCUGGGCAUGGCCACAGCCCCAGCCACAGCCCCAGCCACAGCGCCAGCCUCGCCUGCUACAGAGCGGGGGGGUUCACCGCAGCCUCGGUCCCCUCCUCCACCCGGGGGGUGCUGCUCCACCUGCCCCGGGCCCUGCUGCUGCCCUGGCCCGCGGCUCACCCGGGCCCUGGCGGGGCAGAGCCGCCGGCUGCAGGCACAGGUGGAAUCCUUCGAAAGCUGGGUGCAUGCAGGGACCCCCACGCCCUCAGAACAGCUCCAGAGGAUGAGGAUGCUGAAGGACGCGCAGGAUGCGCUGGAGCGGGAAUACCUGCGGGGCCGGCAGCAGCUCCCGGCGGCUGCGAGAGGGUUUGAUCCUGACCGGGCAGUGGAGGGGGAGAUUUACCGCCUGGGGCUGCGCCUGGAGGGGCUGAGGGAGCGGCUGGAGCCGGGGGCUGACCAUUCCCCACGCCCCGAGAGCCCUGCGCUGGUGGAGGAUCCCCGGGGGACAGCAGGGGACAGCGAGGGGGUGGCAGGGGGGCUGCCCUGGCCCCUCUGGCACAAGCAGCGCCAAGUGGAGGAGGAUUUUGGCGACCUGCUGGAGCAGUACAAGCACUUCAAGUCCUUGCCGGAGUCGCUGAGCCUGGAGCAGCUGAGCCUGGCGGGGAGCCAGUUCCAGGAGGAGGUGGAUGCACCCACGGCAGGGGAUGGUGGCCCCAGCAAGGUCCCCUGCAGGACACAGUCACUCGAGGAGGAGCCCAGCCUCGAGCCCUUGGCCUUGCACCUCCCACAGAGAAGAGCUGCGACCCUUCCCCCCAGAGGACCCGCAAACCUGGAGGAGACACUGGGCCACCCCUCCCCUGCCCCUGCUGAGGAGCCACCAGCCUCUGCCAAGCCCCCCCUGGGGGUCCCUGGGCCACCACGGGUGUCCCUGUCCCUCGGUGGGACAGGCAGUGGUGCCACCCAGCCCGGGCCCCGCAAGGAGCAGCGCAUUGUGUCCCCAGAGACCGACAGCGGCUUCGUGGGUUCGGAGGCCAGCAGGGUGUCACCCCCUGUGCACACCCCCGAGCACCAUCCCCCCGGCCCAGGGGCUCCGGGCUCGCUGGGACCCUCCGUCCCCAUCCCCAGCAGCCUCCGCACCCCACGGGAGAGAGAGACCACCCCGCUCCCCUCCGAGACAGCACUGAUGGGCAUCUACCCCCCGAGGGGCACAGGGGGGCCCCCCAGCAGCCCCUCUGAGAGCAGCUCCCCCCCUCGCUGGGCUGAGGGCAGCGAGGUGGGACCCGACCCCGACGGUGAUGGCACUCACACGGACUCGGAGGUGGGAGCCAGGAGCUGUGCCAGCGCCGGUGCCCGCCCCCCAGCCAUGGCCAGGAGCCCAACCAGCCCCCUGCCCUCCCCCCAAACCCCAUCCCCCACCCUCCUGUCCCCCGACCUGCCGUCCCUGGACCCGGCUCACUGUGACCUGCUGGGCUCCCGUCUGGAGCGCGACCAGGCCAUCCGGGCGCUGCAGGACGAGGUGUGGCGGCUGCGGCGGAGGCUGGAGGAGAGCCUGUGCCACUCCCGCAGCUACCCCGAGGGAAAAGCCACUCCCCGUGUCACCCCGGCCAGGAGGCAGCCGCUGGCCAGCGCACCAUCGGCCCCGCAGGACGCGGCACCCUCGGGGCAGCCGAGCCCCCCGGUGCGGGGCAGGGCGGCCCCCGGGGUCACACCCAUGCCGAGGGGGAGGUCGGCAUCGCUGCCACGGGACAAGCCCGAGCUGGACCUCGGUCUGGAGCUGGGUCCCGGCGGAUGCCACCCCCCUUCCCUGUCCUCUGCCACAGCCUCCGAGUCAGAGCCCGGGCCCCGGGCACCCCCCGCCCUGCGGAAGCACCUUGGGAAGCCCCCGGGGCCGGUGACAUUCCUGGGACAGCACGCAGGGACACGGUACCAGGCGGGGACACCACGUGCCACCCCAGCACCCCGAGAAGAGCCGGGCACCUCGGGGUGUCCCCGAUGUCACAGGGGCAGGAUGGCAUCAGCUGCAUCUGGGGGAGGUGACACCCCCCGGCAGCCCCAGCACAGCACCCCCAGGAGAACGUCCUGCCCCACCUGCCGGGCACCUGCGGGCACCAGGGACACAGCCACACACGCAGAGCAUGGCCCUGGUGGCUCCUGUCCCCCAGGUCCCCACGCUGGAGCCGAGAAGCUGGAGCAACCUGGAAUUUGGUACUUGGCAGCACCCCCUGCUGCCACCGUCUGCCUGGCACCCGUCCCCCUCGUGCCUUAUGUGCCCUCCAUGCUCUACUGCUCCCCAGCAGUUCCUACCUCAGCCCCAGCCAUGGCCGGGGUCCCCCUCUCUGUCCACGCGGGUGCCCGGCGGGCAGAGUGUCCUCCCCGGCCCCAGGGCCACCAGCGCUGCCUGAGCCUGGAGCUGGAGGAGCUGGAGGAGCUGAACUGGUGCCUGGGCCGGGCUGUGGAGGCUGCCCAGAGCGCCAGGCUGAGCUCCAGCCGCCUCAGCCGGGCCCUGGCCGCAGAGCUGGGCCGGCCGCGGGGCCUGCGCGGCUCCUGCCUCUUCUGA